AUGACACUCACCACAGAUGCUCCUCAGGUGAACAUGACACUUACCACAUGUGCUCAUCAGGUGAGCAUGACAAUCACCACUGGUGCUCAUCAGGUCAACAUGACACUUACCACAGGUGCUCAUCAGGUGAACAUGACACUCACCACAGGUGCUCAUCAGGUGAACAUGACACUCACCACAGGUGCUCAUCAGGUGAACAUGACACUCACCACAGAUGCUCAUCAAGUGAACAUGACACUCACCACUGGUGCUCAUCAGGUGAACAUGACACUUACCACAGGUGCUCAUCAGGUGAACAUGACACUUACCACAGGUGCUCAUCAGGUGAACAUGACACUUACUACAGGUGCUCAUCAGGUCAACAUGACACUUACCACAAGUGCAAAUCAGGUAAACGUGAGACUCACCACAUAUCCUUUUCAGGUAAGCGUGACUGUCAUGACGUGA